AUGUCAGUCGAUAUCUGUAAACUCGACGGCCAGGAUGGGCAAGUUCUUCCAAUUCACGUGCCACAGAAUGUGGGUCUGCUGGAAACGUAUCGAUACCUUAUGGAGGACGUGGCAGAUCCUAGGGUAGCGGACUGGUUCUUAAUGGGCAGCCCAGUUCCAUUGUUAGGAAUUAUAUCCUUUUAUCUCGCGUUUGUUCUUCGUCUCGGUCCACUUUAUAUGAAGAACCGAAAGCCGUUCAACUUGAACAAGGUCAUGAUAUUUUAUAACAUUUUUAUGGCGACCGCAAGUGCUGCAGUGUUUUAUGGGCUGCUUACGUCUGGCUUCACAACAAAAUUAUCUUUAGGAUGCGAAACUCAUGUUGUUUCACAUGAUCCUGAGUCUUAUCGUAUGGCACGAUGGAUAUGGAGGCUUUUAAUACUGAAACUCUUCGAGCUGGGCGAUACUCUCAUGUUCAUUCUCAGAAAGAAGUUCAGUCAAGCAUCGUUUCUUCACAUUUAUCAUCAUACAUCCACGGUUCUCCUCUCGUGGAUAACGUGCAAAUUCGUUCCAGGGGGCAUGUGGACGUUCCCGAUUAUGCCAAACUGCAUAGUGCACGUGAUUAUGUACACCUAUUAUCUCCUUGCCUGCUUGGGUCCAGAAAUGCAAAAGAGGAUCGCGCCUUGGAAACAAUACAUUACGGGAUUACAAAUGUUCCAAUUUGUUAUCAUGAUAGGCCAUACAUGUCAAACUCUGUUACCUUCCUGUGAACCGAAUCGGAAACCAGUGGCUUAUAUCUACAUGUCUCAGAUCCUCACCAUAUUCUACAUGUUCUGCGACUAUUACAAGAAAUCGUAUCUCAGAAAAAAGACCGAGUAA